UUGUUCUGUUUGUGGAACCACAACAUCACCAAAAGAUUUUGGUUCUCAAUAUGGAAUUCUAAACCUUUCAGCACCCUUUCUCCCCCUAAAUAUUUCUGCUUUUUUCAAAACCACUCAACUGCCUGUUUACUGAAAUUUCUCAAAUUACAAGGAUAGUAAGCCCUCAAAUAGACAGUUUAAAAUGGAAAUAACCCCUAGCUUCGUCUUCGCAAUUUGCAUUGUUCAAUCUUUAUUCAUCAUUUCUUCAGCUCAAACCUGCAAAAAUAAUACCUUUCCUAGUAACCAAGUCUUCACCUCUUGCAGUGACCUUCCAGUGCUGCAGGCCUACCUCCACUGGAACUACACUCCAUCCAUCAAGAGAGCUCAUAUUGCAUACAGAGCCAGCCAAUCUCCAACAGGAUGGGUUGCAUGGGCAAUCAACCCAACUGGGUCCGGCAUGGUUGGAUCACAGGCUAUAGUUGCUUUUAGACAUUCCAAUGGGAGUAUGGCUGUGUACCCAACACCAAUAAACAGCUACAAUCCUUCAAUGCAACCUGGAACUCUCAGCUUUCCUGUUUCCAAUAUUUCUGCAACAUAUGCUGACAAUGAGAUCACUAUCUUAGCUGUUAUAGGCCCAUUAGCUAAUGGAACCACUUUUAAUCAUGUAUGGCAAGCAGGUCCAGUUUCAAGUGGUAACCCUUCUAUGCAUUCAACUACAGGUGCAAAUGUUCAAUCAAUGGCGACACUGGAUUUUCUGUCAUAGAAGCUAAAAAUGGAGGGAAGAAAUGUUACAGGUUAAUCACGUGUGGCUUACUGCUCAAGAUAUGCAUGUCCAAGAAGUCCUUACAUUCACGAAUAAGUUAUUGCUAUCUUUAUUAUUAUAAUUA